GCGCUCUGACGCGCUCAGACCGAGGGGAUGGAUGUAGGAGGGAUGGAUGUAGGAGGGAUGGAUGUAGGAGCGCUUGUGUAGCCGACAACAUGGCCUCCAAGCAGCCACCGUUACUCUCCACUAUGAAGAGACGAAGUAACGGUGCUUCUCCGCUGCGACCGGACACCGUCAGCCCAAACACGGGCGUCGCUGGUAAAAGAGGGCGGUAGACCUCCCUCUCCAUGUCAGGCCCGUCUCUUCCAUCCAAAGCCACGUUCAGCCGUUUGACAAAGACGCGCGCGAAACCGGGUGUCGGCGGCGGAACCAUGAGCAAGGAUUAUUCCAUUAAUCUAUCCGUGCAGCGCGUGCUGAGUCUGUGGGUACAAGGCACCGUGCCCACACUGCAGCACUUCACAGAGAUGUGGUACUGGGUGUUCCUGUGGUGUCUCUUCUCUUCACUGUUUGUACACGGCGCCGUGGGGCUGCUCAUGUGUGUGAUGCUGCAGAGGCACAAGCGAGGCCGCCUCAUCACCCUGGUGCUGAUCAGCGCCGGCUUUCUCGCCUCCGUUAUUGGAGGCGUCCUCACCAGUGCGGUGGUGGCCUGGGUGUACCGUGUCGCAGGAAAGGACAUGGCUCCUCUAGAGGCUCUGGUGUUCGGAGUGGGCCAGACCACUCUCGCCAUCCUAAUCUCCUUCUCCCGCAUCCUGGCCACUCUUUGAAUGGACGUGGUGGUUCAGUGACCGUGACAUCCGGCUGGUGUAACAGGUUGGUCGAGACAGAAGGGAUGGAUCUAUGGGUUGUGGAUGUGGCCAGGCCACAACAAAUGCUAAGAAAGGUGUUUGAGGUUCCUCCUCAAUGACCAGAUGGACCUCCAGCAGGCAGUGCUCAGAAAAUCAAGUGGUUCAAAUCUCUCUGGAUUUAAAGAAAACGAACAAAAAAACUGCACUUUGUUGGUCGCUGCCCACUUACAACCGCAGAUCAUGGAAAACUAAAGUGACUGUCUUUGGAAGUUUGUCCUUUUUUUAAAUUUUUUUUUUAUAUAUGUUUGUCUCUCGAGUGUACUUCUGGAAAGUGUUUCUGUCCAUCCUGUAUUGCGUGGGCCUGUUCAGCACUCCGUAAAUCCAGAGCUCGCACCUGAGGACCAGCCAGUGGAGACGCUGUACGCCAGCUACACCUACCGCAUUUAAUUAACCAAAUAUAUUUAACCCCUUCUAUUUGUGAUGUUUCCAUCUACAGCAGUAUAUCAGUGUGGAUACACAAUAUUUACAGUGUAUAUAUACUGCAUAAAAAAACACCUUUAAGAAUGAAUGGCUUAUGCUUUGCACUUUCUAAAAUGUUAACAGGUGCAUCUGUGCAGGAUUUUGCGGAUCCUGUACAAAAUCCACCACACUUUACUAUAAGGACUCGCAGCUAAUGCAGAUUAUUCAAUAUUUACUUUUAAUUAUCAAAAAUAUUUAAUUAUUUAUUAUAGACAAAUAAAAAUGAUUUACUUUUUUUUUUUUAAGUGAAUGAUGACAAAUGCCGUCUUUUCUUUUCUUUUCUCUUGGUUGAGUUUAUUAUUUUUAUUUCCAGUGUAUUGACGUCCCCUAUGUCUCUCAAUCAGAAUGCUACAUACUCGUGUUUUUAAACGGCUCUAACCAGAAAUGAUCAUUCUUUAUUCAGUCUCCAGCAUCAGUUCUACAUUUCUCGGAGUUCUCCGCUUGAGUAAUGUUAGAAUUGUUAAAGUGCUGCUGUUGGGUUUGUAUGAAAUCGUUUGUUUUGCUCAGUGUGUGUUUUAAUCACCUUUAUAAUCUAUCAUUGUUGAAGCGUCGGACCUCUCAGUUUAUACAUGUCCCAUGAGGCUUAGUUGCAUGUAGACUCGCCUUUUUUUUCCCUUUCUUUUCUUUUCUUUUCUUUUCUUUUUUUUUUUUUUAAACCUCAAGCCUUAAGAACACUCUGUUUCUGAAAGUGUACGGAAAAAGGGAAAAGUUUGAAUUUGGUGCACUGCUGCUUCAGUGGGUUCUGUAGAUUACUGCGCACCUUUUUGUACACGGAUCGACGUGAGGACGUGAACUCAUCCCCCAUCACACACACGCACCUGAAUAUCCUAACUUUCACUAUUUACUUUACUUUUCUAAUGAGCUCAUUGGUCCGCCGUCCCUGUGUUCAGCGCCGCUGUGUCCCUGAUGCUCGGACUGCUGCAGACGUUAGACGUUAUGGAAUGAAAUCAGAGUCGGCAGAACUUGAGGGGGGGGGGGAACAACAACAGAUGAUUGUAAUUCUUAAACAUGUAAAAAUUUUGGAAGUUACGGUUCACCUUAUUUAAUAAAUAAAUAAAUAAAUCCAGCUGUCAGAAAUUCAGGAUGAAGACAGUUUUUAACCAUUUUAGACCACUUUUAAUGCAACGGCUCAACCUUUUAACUACACCAGGAGAGCAGCAGGGUUUUUUCUUCUUCUCACAAGCCUCUGGUAGUUACAGUAAAAACCUCAUUAUAUACAUAUAUCCCCCCCCCCAGUCAUUCAGGUUUGCUGACUCACAUUUCAUUGCAUAAAAAAGUAGCAAAUUCUUCAUGCAUUAGGAACAAAUGUGAUGUUUGUAUUUUUUCUUUCUCCCCCUCAUUUAAAAGGGGAUUGAGAGCAAAGCUGGUGUUGAGCACUGGAACGGGCCGUGUUUUAGUUUUUCGGUGGAAGGACAGAAUUGAAUGUGAAAAUGUGCAAUCGCUGUAUUUCCGAAUGAAGCCACUUUAUUGUACCAUCUACAGGUGUUUUCAUGUACUGCAGUCAGAAACGCAAACCUAGAUUUGUUCCGUCACUUAAAAACUAUCGUGUAUUUUUUGUAUUAUUAAUACUUUGUUUUUUUUAUUUUAUUUUGAUAUAAAACAUUGACAUUGUUUACAGCUCCACUUUGCUGCUAUUUCUGCAGGAACUUGCAGCAGUUCCUGUGUGUGGUUUUGUUUUGUUUUUUUGUGUGUCUUACGUAUACUCUGAUUUAUAGCUCAGAGAAGAGAUUAGAUUAAUGGUUGAUUUUUAAAAUGGUAUCUGUAUUCAAACAGGUUUUUAAGAAAAGGAACGAAGGAGGUACAGUAGCUUUCCGUAUAUUUGUUCAGUAUUUAAGUAGCAUAAUGACUAUGUUGUAACCCAACCCCCCCAUCAUGUCCAUGAUUAUGGACAUGCAGGUUUCUUCUGAGCGUACAAAACUGCAGCACAGGAAAUGCUUUGUACCAGUUUAUCAUUUUCAAAAAUGAUAAUAAAGUGAUUCCUGCCACAGAAUCACAGCUAGAGAUGAUUAUUUCCAGUCUUUCUUUACGCUAAAGUAUUAUUUAAAAAAUAUGUAUUUUGCAGACUCCACCCCCCCCCUCCAUUUAGUUCUGAUUGGUACUCUGAAAGACCAGAGAGAUUCUAAAGUAUUAUGAAAGCCUUAUCAUUAUUAUUAUUAUUAGCUUCUGUAAUUGUCACUGUUCACCUUCAGUAGCAGAUCUGUCCACUAGAGAGCGCCAGUGGGCUGUAAUUAGUUGAGAAGGCUAUGACAUAGAGAGAGAGAGAGAGAGAGAGAGAGAGAAUUGAUGUCCCUGAUUGCAUUGCUUGUAGUUCACAGACUGAUCAGUGACUCAUCAUAUCUGCCCCUCUUCAAAAACUUUAUCUUCUUACAAUACCUAAUUAUACUUCAUUACAAAUUCGACAGAUUUACUGCUACAGAACUAAAAUGUUUAGAGUUCUUCCUUAUCUAAAAUAACAUUACACAUCAUUAAGAGUUUAUUGUGUGCGUGUGUGUCUGUGUGUGUGUGAGCGUGAGAACGGAGUUCUCUUGUGGUUGUGGUUGUGUGUAUGGAGGUUAUUUAUUCUAACGUCGUUUCAUCUUCUCGAUUUUCUGUACAUGCACUCGGUCUGAAAGAUCUCUGUAUUCCGUUGUUUUAAAGGUUUUAAUCCCCUGCGUAAUUUUCAAAUGCAGGGACUACAGCUGCCUUUUUCUUUUAUAAAUGUAAGUAUGCGAGCCCAGAUAAUGUUCCUGGAUUUAUUAUGUCUUGGUAAAUUAUUGCCACAGACAGAAAGAGAGAGAGAAAGAGAGUCAGACUUACUAGUAGACUAAAGUACAAUAGAAUGAAGCUAUUUAGUGAUUUUUGGCAUUAAAUAGAUAUUUUGCACAGUUUUUUCUCUGUGACCCAAAUGUGGCUGAUCAACAAAGACGUGGUUUGUGUGUCCGAACCUUCUUUUCUGUACAUGCAGUCCCAAAUCACCACAAAUCUAAGUUAUAUAAAGACAUGAUCAACUCCAUAACAUUCGGUUUUCUAUGGUGAAAGUUGAAGUGUGUUUACAGACAAGACUUUUAUUUAUUUAUUUAUUUAGUAUGAAGAAUGACUAACACCAAGUAUACUGAACCACCGAGAAGAUCAUACAGUCAAUAUUCUCCCUUAAAAUCCAGCUGGUCCAUUGAUUUGUUUCUCCCGUGACUCGUUUGAUCUACACAAGUGUCUUAUAUGUCAUUAAGCUCUGUGACUACAUGCAGAAAGCGAAAUUGGAAAGGAUUUCGGACAAUCCUCCUCAGCCAACUCUGUACAUAAGCACUGGCACAUGUAGAUAGUGUAUGAUAAGGUUCUUUUUUUUUUAAAUUUUCUAUCAGCAGACACCUGGGGUUUAUAACUUGCCAAUUUAUUGUACAGUAGCUUUUUUCCUGUAAAUUAUCUGCUGACAUUUGAAAUGAAAAAUAAACCAUUUUGUAAUAAAACAUAACCAAUCCUGUGGUCAUUUUCAUACUUACGCUAUUUAAUCCUUAGUUCCUUUUAUUCUCCAAAACUCCGGAACACGCCGAGUUUCAAUAUUUAGCAAGUCCACUACCAGGUAAAUAAAAUGCACAUGGCAUCCCUUACUGAGUCUGGCUCGACAUCAACAGACCCAUAAAGAGUUCUCGGUUCUGGUUAGCUUUGAUCUGACACUUAAACAUAUCUUUUGGUCCAUAUUAAAUUUGAACUCUUUCAUGUAUAUUACAUAUAUGAACUUUUACCUCAAAUCUCAUUAAUGUCCGACACGCACGCCUUUUCAUGACUUAUGUACUUUAUUUACUUCUCAUACUGCUUAUUUCUUUUGCGUUGUGGCUAGACAGUUUAGCAUGUUUUGUUUUUGUAUAGACUAUGAAUCACUUUGCAUAAACUCUUGUCUUGUCAUAGCGUAAGUGUUCGUUCAGGGUAGCGUGGCAUGCUCUCCUGGUCCCUGGAGCCUUCUGGAGUAAGGCUGGAGACAGGGCAGCUAUUUAUAUAGCGUCUAAGUCAGUACACGCCCUGCAUGCUGUAGGACUUCUUCAUUAGAAUCGUUCAGUAUUAUUCAGUAGUGUGGAGACAGACCUGGUAUACGUGUGGAUCGCUGGCAGUCUUGAUAGACCAUUAAACAAUGAUUUAAAAACUCGUUUUUUUUUUGUUUGUUUUUUUAAAUGAGGCAUUCACUGUAGUCUACUGUAGCACUCGGUCUAUAUUGACUCCAUUUGUCUAAUCAAAGCAUCAGAUUUAAUGAGCUCGAAUGCUUCCUGCGCUGAUGCCUCUGCUUUGUUUAAUGACCUACAGGACUUUAUAAAGAGUGCAGUGAUCGUUAGUGUAAACACGGGGCUAUGAAGAUUAAUGGAGUCUCCUAGGAGGAAUAUAAUCAAACAGCUGAGACCAUGAAGUGUGUGUGUGUGUGCAGUAGGGAUGUAACACAAUGCCACUAUCUGUGAUCAAAUAUAUUUAUAUCUGUAUUUGGAUUUAAACUGGAAGUGGGCGUGACCUAUUCCAGAAGUUUUUUUUUUUUUUUUUUUUUUUUUUUUUUUUUGGUGAAUCCUAUGCCCCUGGACACUUAAAAAUAAAAAAAAAUAUUCCAGGGCUACUGUAAAACUGUCAUUUUUCAUUUACAGACUAAAUCAACAAAUAGUCAUUAGGAGAACAUAAUUUAAUUGAACUCCUUUAUCUUCAUAUAGGUCUCCUAUAUCUUUCAGAACAACCACGUCUUCUCCAUGCGACCACCUGCAGCUGUAAAAGAGCCUACCUUUAAAUCUAUUUUCUUUGUCGGUUUUCAAUGAGAAUGUGACUUUACUCAUAAUGUGAAGUCCUCAAGCAAUGUUCAUAUAGUUGAACUGUAUCCCUCAUGAGUUACUGAAUAAAGUGAAUAAAUAUAAAUAUACUCGGUGCAGACUGGUGCGUGUAAUGCCAGUACGUACAGACUACAACUAAUCAGACAUCUUAAUAGGGGAAUAUUUCCACUGGGUUCUGAUCUGUAGCUCCUGAGACAUUGAGUGUGCAAGUGGCUCCAUUGUCUUCUAGUUUCCUCCUCAGGAAACCCACUUGAGUGAAGAAACACCAGCAGUCAAAGUGACAUUCUUUAACCUGGAAGAUCUAAAGAGAGAAAACAACCUCAUACCAGGAUGUUUAACGUUUAACGUGAUCUUUAAAUUCCUGACGUCAAUCCGAGCACCUUCUGUCUUUCAGAUCACAUGAAGAUCGAGCCAAAGCUCUCAAUGAUGGCUGUUAGUGCCCUAUUUUUAGGAUUACUGAUUAAGUAGACCCAGCCUUUAGCUUCCAUUGUUUCAGGUUAAGUUCUGGGUGGUUUUAUUCGGAACAAUGUGUGAUCCUCGCCCGUCUGUACAGGCGCCUGCCGAGGUGUCCCGCCUUUUGUUCUGCUGCAAGACAACAAUUUAAAAAUGAUGUUCAACUGCAAAGCACAAGAAGGUAUUAUCAAAUUUAUAGUAGAUAAGUACAAUCAUUAAUUAUUCAGAAUGUAAAGAUUAACAUACAGUAUAGACUGAAUCUGAGGCUACAGGUUUACCUGAAUGGCCUUGUGUCCAGGCUGCUGGUGGUGGUGGUGGUGCUGGUGUAAUGCUGUGGCCGUGGUACACAUUGUGCCUCUUAAAACCAAUUGAGCAUCAUUUGAAUGCUAUAGCCUGUCUGAGUGUCAUUGCUGACCAUGUGCAUCCCUUUAUAGGCACAAUUUAUCCAUCUUAUAAUGGCUCCGUCCAUUCUCCCUUGCCAGGAGAAGACUGUUAUCUUGGCAAAGGGAGGUUUCACAAAUUGACUAAAAGGGUGCCAAUAAUUGUUGCACAACUAUAUUUAACAAAGAUAUUUUUUUAUAAUCCUGUGUUGUUUGUAAUUGUUUGA